AUGGCCCCGGGACAGAGGCUGUUCCUCACUAUGUCCCUGGGAGCAGGACGUCCUCAGGGCACGCUGCAGGCGCUCGUCCUCCUAGGCGUCCUAGUGGGCAUGGUGGUGCCCUCGCCUGCUGGCACCCACGCCAACAGCACGCUGCUGGGCUCCAGGGCCUGGGGCACGCUGCUGUCCCGCUCUCGGGCUGGGCUGGCCGGAGAUAUCGCUGGGGUGAACUGGGAGAGCGGCUACCUCGUAGGGAUCAAGCGGCAGCGGAGGCUCUACUGCAACGUGGGCAUCGGCUUCCACCUCCAGGUGCCCCCAGACGGCCGGAUCCACGGGACCCACGAGGAGAACCCCUACAGCCUGCUGGAAAUUUCCACUGUGGAGCGGGGUGUGGUGAGUCUCUUCGGGGUGAAAAGUGGCCUCUUCGUGGCCAUGAACAAUAAAGGAAGAUUGUACACCACGCCCAGCUUCCAGGAGGAAUGCAAAUUCAGAGAAACCCUGCUGCCGAACAAUUACAACGCCUAUGAGUCAGACCGCUACCGAGGGGCCUACAUCGCACUGAGCAAGUAUGGGCGCGUGAAGCGGGGCAGCAAGGUGUCCCCCAUCAUGACCGUCACCCACUUCCUCCCCAGGAUAUAA